AAUGCAUGAACUGUACUCGGCUCAGCGACAUGAGUGAGCGGCUGACCAUGCUGGAGGCCAAGGUCCUCCUGUUGGAAGCUGCUGAGCAAGCCUCAGGCCCAGACAACGACCUGCCAGCCCUCCAGAGCACCCCACCGCCCUGGAAUGAAGACUUUCUCCCUGAUGCCAUCCCCCUUGCCCACCCGGGGCCCCGGAAGAGAAGGCCUGCAGGUCCAGCUGGACCUCCAGGGCCUGCAGGUCCUCCAGGCUCCAAAGGUGACCCGGGCCAGACAGGAGAGAAGGGCCCAGUGGGGCCUCCUGGGCUCUUGGGGCCACCAGGGCCCCGUGGGCUUCCUGGAGAAAUGGGGCGUCCUGGUCCCCCAGGACCCCCCGGUCCAGCAGGAAGCCCAGGCCUCUUGUCUAACAGCCCCCAAGGCGUCCUCUAUUCCCUACAGCCACCUACGGACAAAGACAGUGUGGACUCCCAACUCACACCUGCCGUUGUGGACACGGUGUUGGCCGGCAUCCCAGGGCCCCGGGGUCCCCCUGGUCCCCCAGGUCCCCCAGGACCCCCGGGAGUGCCUGGAUCCCAGGGUGAGCCCAGUGUAAAGGUGGAUGAAGGGGACAAAGCCACCACUGCAGAGGGUGAGGGUGUGCAGCAGCUGCGAGAGGCACUAAAGAUCCUGGCAGAAAGAGUCCUUAUCCUUGAGCACAUGAUUGGAAUUCAUGAUCCCCUAGCCACCCCUGAGGGGGGUUCUGGUCAGGAUGCUGCCCUGAGAGCCAACCUCAAGAUGAAGCGAGGUGGCACCCAACCUGAUGGUGCCCUGGCUGCCCUGCUGGGUUCCGACCCUACGAAGAAGAGUGCUGACCAAGCCAGCGGCAGGAAGUAA